AUGCCCUACUGUAUGGUACCAGGAUGUAACAAUUGUUCGAAGAAAACCAAAGGGAGCGAAAUAUCAUUUCACCGAUUGCCAAACGACAAAAAUCUUCGUCGAAAGUGGCUAAGUCGUGUCAGACGCGAAAAUCUACCGAAAGCAAAUUCAUGUUACGUUUGCAGCGCGCAUUUUACGCCUGAUUGUUUUCAAAACUCCUUAAAAGAGUUAUUUAACAUGAAAGCAAAGAAGACGCUAAAACCUGGUAGUUUACCGUCCAUAUUUCCAUUCAUAAAACGGAAACAGGAACGUGAGUUGUCAAGCAAUAGAGCCCAAACAAGAGAAAAAAAUGCACGACAACAGGAAGUGUGGAGCUUGUUAGAGCAGAGUAAUGAGCCUAGAGAGUCCUCCAAUAUUGAGCAUAUGGAGGAUACGACUGAUGUUGAUGUUACAAAUUUCCGAAGUGUUGAAACACAAUGCGACCAAAAAAUUUUCGUCGAUGCGGAAAUCCAAUGUGAUAUGAUAUCAAAACGAAGCAUUGCUAUUCAAACCCUUGCCCCACGGAAAAGAAAAAGAAAGGGAAAACGUUCCAAAAUUCAUAAAGGACCUCCUUUGAAAUCAAAAAAUGUAAACAAAGGUAGUCAAUUAAAAUGUAAAAAAAUAAUGGCCCAAAAUGAAGUAAUGGAAGAAAAAGAAGAAGAAUCAUUCAAGACAAUUAACAAUGAUGCAACAUCUUCAGACAGUUGUGGGUCAUCAGGAAGUGAUGAGGACUAUUUAUGCCCGGAAACUUGCACUGAUGAUGAAUCUGACUCAAGUGACAUUGAAGGGACACUUAACAAUGAGAAAAAAAUUUAUUGUGUUUGA